UCGACGAAUAAAACAAAACCCGAGAUCUCGAGUUCGAACCGCCAAAAUGGCACUUGUUGGAACCACAGGCACCGUUGUCGCAGCGGCCUCCAUAGCCGCCCUCCUCUCCUACUUUCUCUUCUGCUCCAACUAUCGAUCCAAAUCCUCGUCAACAAAGAAGAAAUCAAAAUCAAGAACUGGACUCGUUGACGCCAUUGGCAACACCCCUUUGAUCAGAAUCAACAGCCUCUCCGACGCCACUAGCUGUGAAAUUCUGGGUAAAGCGGAAUUCUUGAACCCAGGAGGGAGUGUGAAAGAUAGGGUUGCAGUGAAAAUUAUUGAAGAGGCUCUAGGGUCUGGUGAGCUAGCUCGAGGUGGUGUAGUUACAGAGGGGAGUGCCGGGAGCACUGCUAUAAGUCUUGCUACUGUUGCUCCUGCUUACGGAUGCAAAUGCCAUGUUGUUAUCCCAGAUGAUGUCGCUAUUGAGAAAUCUCAAACAAUUGAAGCCCUUGGAGCUACUGUAGAAAGGGUUAGGCCAGUGUCAAUCACACACAGAGACCAUUAUGUCAAUGUGGCAAGGAGAAGGGCAUUGGAAGCAAAUGAAGUGGCAUCAAAGCAAAGGAAGUCUAAACAAACAGAUGCGGAAGAUAUAGAGCGGAUUAACGGAUAUGAAUCAGAGGGAGGGGAACAAAGUUCAGUCUUCUCAAGUGAUUGCAAAGGCGGUUUCUUUGCAGAUCAAUUCGAAAACCUGGCAAACUUCAGGGCCCACUAUGAGGGUACUGGGCCUGAGAUUUGGGAACAGACUGGUGGUAAUCUGGAUGCUUUCAUUGCAGCUGCAGGUACAGGAGGCACCGUAGCUGGUAUUUCCCGGUUUUUGAAGGGAAAGGAUGCAAACAUCAAGUGUUUUCUUAUUGAUCCUCCGGGCUCUGGUUUGUUCAACAAGGUGACAAGGGGAGUGAUGUACACCAAAGAGGAGGCUGAAGGACGGAGGCUGAAAAACCCAUUUGAUACUGUAACUGAAGGAAUUGGUAUUAACAGAUUAACCCAGAAUUUUAUGAUGGCAGAACUCGAUGGGGCUUUCCGCGGUACAGAUAUGGAAGCUGUGGAAAUGUCUAGGUUUCUAUUGAAAAAUGAUGGACUUUUUCUUGGGAGUUCAUCUGCUAUGAACUGUGUUGGAGCUGUAAGAGUGGCACAGUCAAUUGGCCCUGGCCACACGAUCGUGACGAUUCUUUGUGAUAGCGGGAUGAGGCAUCUGAGUAAAUUUUGCAACUCUCAAUACCUUUCUGAUCAUGGCUUGACGCCCACGGCUACUGGACUAGAGUUUUUGGGUCCCAGAUGAGAUCGAGGUCAAAUCAAGUCCUGCUCUUUUAUCUUCUUUGGAGAGUUCCUUGAUGUAAGAUAUCACUGUUCUGCUCUCAUUUUUUGUAGUUGCCAUAGGGCAGUGCCUUGUAUUCAUCCAUAGAAGUCUGGUAUUUUCUUGUCAUGAAAUUUGGACAACGGAAUUAGCUUGAGUUUCUUCAGAUAGAAAUGAAAAACGUUUGAUUAAUGACC